AUGUCUUCUGUGGCACUCAUCAUUGACCAAGAAUACACCUAUAUGGCGCUUGUUCCUCCUCAUGACUUCUCAUCAGAUGUGGAGAUCAGUAACAUUCUGUACCGUGAUGUGCGAGGAGCCACCGUUGGUGACAAGGCUAUAGUCUUGAAUUUGUGGGCAGCUACAAGGAUGCAUCAACAUUCAGCUGCCUUGUCACCGUAG